AUGCGUUGUCAGCCUUGCCCAGCCAGCCUCACGCCACGGCGCGGGCGGGCUGCGCCUCCUGUCCUGGGUGCUGGAGAUGCAGCCUGCCCCAACAACGAGCUACGAUCUCUACGCCCUACGCGAGCGAGCCGCCGUGCACCGUCGAUUCCGUUAGCCUGCUUCGAGGCUCCGAGACUUCCUUCUACCCCUCGCGCAUACGGACACAUACACGGUACAAUGCGGCUACUCUAUACUGCAGGCGGUGGGAGACUUAGGUGGACCGAGGACUUGAUUGGGGACAAAAUCCCCCCGUAUGCGAUCCUGUCGCACACCUGGGGCGGGCAGGAGGCAACCUUUAAGGACCUUCAGAACUAUGGCAAUAUAGAGGAAGUUGAUGCAAAAGUUAAAGAGGGGUAUCGAAAGAUUUUCUUCUGCGCCCAGCAAGCUAAGCGCGAUAAUCUGAGCUACUUUUGGGUAGACACCUGCUGCAUCGACAAGACAAACAGCCAAGAGCUUCAAGAAGCGAUUAACUCUAUGUUCCGCUGGUAUCAGAACGCGGAGAAGUGCUAUGUCUUGCUUUCGGACGUCGAGAACAACUCCUUAGAAGGGAAUGGCAGUUUGCGCCGAAGAUGGAAGGCAGCGUUCACGAAGAGCAGGUGGUUCAACCGAGGCUGGACGCUUCAGGAACUACUAGCUCCCCGCUCCGUCGAGUUCUUUUCGAAGGAGGGAGAGCUGCUAGGGGACAAGCAGUCUUUAAAAGACACCGUCUAUAAGAUUACAGGAAUACCUAGCGACGCUCUGUUAGGGAAGCAAGUGUCCGAGUUUAGCGUAGCUGAGCGUUUCUCUUGGGCAGAAGAUCGCCAGACGACACGCGAUGAAGAUGGAGCAUAUUGUCUGUUUGGCAUAUUCGACAUACACCUACCACUGAUAUAUGGCGAAGGCAAAGAAAACGCGCUCGACAGGCUCAGAAGUGCGGUUAUUCUGAAGCACAAGGGCCGCAGUCACGACCAAGAAGAGAGGCUUGGCAAGAUCUGCAGCUGGCUCUCGGCGCCUGACCCGUCCAUUAACUACCACAAAGCGCACAAGCAGCGGCAGGCUAAGACCGGGCUCUGGCUGCUAGAAAGCGCCAAGUUCACAAACUGGAAAAUGAGUACAGCGUCGCGACUGUGGCUAUACGGGAUCCCGGGAUGUGGAAAGACCAUCUUGAGCUCUACGAUCGUCGAGCAUCUGCUGCAGUACUGCUAUGAUGACACUAGCAUGGUGACAGCGUACUUCCACUUCGACUUCAACGAUACACAGAAGCAGGAUCCAGAGCUGAUGCUCCGCUCGUUGCUCCGCCAGCUCCUGCAGCGUUCAGUCGUGAUACCUAAGGAUGUUAACGCGUUGUUUUCGUCCAGCGAAAAUGGAAAUCGGCAGCCAUCACUACGUGCACUUCUAGAGGUAAUAUCUCAGGCGGUGCAAGAAUUCACGCAAGUCUACGUUGUUCUUGAUGCUCUUGAUGAGUGUACGCAGCGCUCGGAGCUGAUGGACAUGCUCGAAACGAUGGCUGGAUGGCCGCUUGACAACCUGCAUUUGCUUAUGACCAGCCGGAAAGAGCGGGAAAUUGAGACAUCCUUAGAGAGUUACGUCAGGGAAGAGGACGCUGUGUGUCUUCAAAGGGACAUAGUAGAUCAAGAUAUACAGCGAUACGUUCAACAAAGGCUGCAUGACGAUAAGGGCUUAGCAAAAUGGAGCAAGGACGCCGCUAUUAGGCAAGAGAUUGAGGCUGCUCUAAUGGGCGGGGCUCGCGGGAUGUUCCGGUGGGCUGUGUGUCAGCUAGACACGUUAGCAAAGUGUCGCAAUCUAGUGAUGCUGCGCAAGUCGCUCGCCACUCUACCGCAAACACUAGACCAGACAUACGACCGUAUUCUUACCGCUAUAAGCGAAGAGGACUGCGUAUACGCGAUACGCAUCCUACAAUGGCUAACGUUCUCUACCCGGCCGCUCUCUGUUAGAGAAGUUGCUGAAGUCGUUGCUAUCGAUAUUGCGCGCGAACCAGCGUUUGACCGUAAUGAAGUGCUAGUAGAUCCACUAGAAGCGCUAGACAUCUGCUCCAGUCUAGUCACUGUCACCGAGAACGAAGCGGAAAAAAGAUCAAGGCCUGCCAACCUGAUCAUCGCUCUAGCACAUUACUCAGUGCAGGAGUACCUUGUGUCAGACAGAAUCAAGCAAGGGCCCGCAAAGCAGUACAGCAUGCAGGAGGGUGAAUGUCAGAAGGUGAUAGCGAGAGGCUGUUUAAAAUACUUAAUUCAGCUCCAACAACCAUUAUCAAGAGAGAGAGUUAAGGCAUCCGCACUUACAAGGUACACAGCUGAGUUUUGGAGCAGCCAUCUUCAAAACACAGGAGACGAGAUAGAACAAGUUAGUCAUCUAGCGAUGAGUUUAAUGGCCGUUGAAGAGCCAGCAUACCUCACCUGGGUCCAGUUGUAUGAUCCGGAUCGUCCAUGGGAAGGAAGGAAUUUGAAAAGAAGUCCUAGUAGCGUACCUAUGCCGCUCUACUACGCAGCGUUGUUAGGUUUGAGAACGAUUACAAGAAUGUUGCUCAACAAAGGCGCCAAUGUGAACGCGCAGGGUGGAGAGUUCGGCAACGUACUGCAGGCGGCUUCGUCUGGAGGCUACGAGCAGGUAGUCAAGAUGCUGCUAGACGUGGGCGCUGAGGUCAACGCCCAGGGUGGACACUACGGCAACGCACUGUACGCAGCUUCAUCUGAAGGCCACGAGCAGGUAGUCAAGACGCUGCUAGACGCGGGCGCCGACGUUAACGCCCAGGGUGGACCUUACGGCAACGCACUGCAGGCAGCUUUAUCCAAAGGCCACGAGCAGGUAGUUAAGAUGCUGCUAGACGCGGGCGCUGAGGUUAACGCGCAGAGUGGACACUACGGCAACGUACUAUACGCAGCUUCAUCAAAAGGCCACGAGCAGGUAGUUAAGAUGCUGCUAGACGCGGGCGCUAAGGUCAACGCCCAGGGUGGACACUACGGCAACGCACUACAAGCAGCUUCAGCUAGAGACUAUGAGCAGGUGGUUAAGAUGCUGCUAGACGCGGGCGCUGACGUUAACGCCCAGGGUGGACCCUACGGCAACGCACUGUACGCAGCUUCAUCUAAAGGCCACGAGCAGGUAGUCAAGAUGCUGCUAGACGCGGGCGCCGACGUUAACGCCCAGGGUGGAUACUACGGCAACGCACUGCAGGCAGCUUCAGGUGGUUAAGAUGCUGCUAGACGCGGGCGCUGACGUUAAUGCCCAGGGUGGACAUUACGGCAACGCACUGUACGCAGCUUCAUUAAAAGGCCACGAGCAGGUAGUUAAGAUGCUGCUAGACGCGGGCGCCGACGUUAACGCCCAGGGUGGAUACUACGGCAACGCACUGCAGGCAGCUUCAUGGACAGGCUACGAGCAUAUAGUCAAGAUGCUGCUCGACGCGGGCGCUGAGGUCAACGCCCAGGGUGGAGAGUUCGGUAACGCACUACAGGCAGCUUCAGGGGGAGGCCACGAGCAGGUAGUC